AUGCCUGGACCUCCAGGGUUCUUGUGCUCUCUUCCAGUAGGGAUGCUUCCAGCAGAUGGCCUCCAGGAGUUUCUCAUCGGCCCCGUCCGUAAUUCAUUCGGGCUCAAGCGAUCGUGGCCCAGUGCGCCGAUCAAGCCUUCUGCCUUUCCAAGGGAUCUGGCAGAGUCAGCCUUCUGGUGUACAAAUCGGGAGAUGCUGGACCUCGUCACCCUCCUCUCCGCGGUCGGCCUGCAGGAGGAGCUCGCGGAGAGCCGCAAGGCGAGCCCCGUGAUCACCGCCGCCGAGAGCAGCACGACGAGCUUCGUCGAGGACGCCGCGGAGCAGAUCUCCCUCGCCCUCGAGUCGUUCGAGGGCGCGCUCUCCUCCGCCCUCGGCGCCGCGACGGGGUCCAGCUCGUCGGAGCCAGCGCCAGGGCCCGCGCCCUGCAAGACGGUGUGA